AUGGACGUUGCUGGAGAUUUGAACCUACAAUGGGUAGGAGAUGUAGAGCUCCAUGGAGAGGUGAUAUGCGGCCUGGAGGCACAACUGGUCGCAUCAGAGGAGGAGGUAAUUGGUGCCUGUGAGGAAGUAGCAGUGGAGGAAACUGUCGAAACUGUUCCUGAUGUGAUACCUGAGACUGAGAUACUGAUGGUACCUCAAUCCAAUGAUAUGGAGUCGAUCUAUAUAGUUCCACAGGAUCAGGGACAUGACUAUCUGAAUAUACAAGUCACUGAGGAAGUAAUAGCUGAUAACUGGGAUAGAUCUGGUCCAGACGAUGGGAUUGAGAUUGCAGAGGCUAAAGUGACUGAAAAUCUCCUGGAAUAUGAUGACAUGGAAAUACCAUUGCCAAUUGAUCAAGAUUCUUAUUCUAACGCUCGGCCGUAUCCAUGCGACUACUGCAGUCGUAGGUUUCGAAAGAAGGCAAAUUUGAUGAAUCACAUUGUGGCACAUCAAACAGAUCGACCAUAUGGUUGCAACUUAUGUGGAUCUCGCUACGUACGCAAAUGUGAUUUGAAUAAUCAUCUGAAGGUCCAUGCAUAUGCACCGUCAUCACAAGAUGGUCUCGAGGACGACCCUGAUGAGGACUCGUUAGUUGCUGAGGAAGAGGAAGUAACAACCGGUGGUAACAAAGGCAGGCGCAAAAAGGUACAAUCAAGUGCACCGCGCAAACGGAAGAACAACACCGCUGCUGGCAACAUGUCGAAACGCAAUAUUGAGGAAAUCAAGAUAGAGAUGGGCAAGUAUGUGUAUGAACCAGACAAUGCUUACAAGGAUGCGUUAUUAUUCUACGAGGACGAGCUGACCGACGAUUAUUCUGCACGCAGUGGCAAUUAUGCAUCUAGUUCGAGAUGGCAGAUGGAGGAGGUGACAGGCAAGCAGCAGCAGCAACAGCAGCAGCAACAACAACAGCAGCAGCAACAACAGCAGCAGCAGCAAUGGCCUGUCACUGAUUCAACAAAGCCAUAUGUCUGUCAAACUUGUGGCAUUGGCUUUGCUAGAGAGAAGGCACUAGCAUCACAUGCUCGUGUUCACGGUGGUGACAGUCCAUUUGAAUGUACCUCGUGUGGUGAUAUGUUUUGGGAUGUUAACAGUCUGCGGGACCAUAUGCGUACCAAGCAUGGUGGUACCAUUCCCCAAACAUCUGAUGCAGAGGAGUAUGACAAUGACGCGACUUACACUGGCGAAUAUAACGAAAAAAUUGGCGAAUUUUAUUGUAGCACUUGUGCAGUAUCAUUCCAUCGCUUGGAUUUACUGAAACGCCAUCAGAAAAUUCACGUGAAGUCGGAGAUGGUUACAGUAGAGUCCAGUCAGCAUCACAUGUGCAAUGUUUGUGGAGAAGAGUUCGAGGAGGCUCUAGCAUUGUUGGCACAUGCGGAACUUCAUGCUUCAAGAUCUCCUAGUCGUCGUUGCUUAUUGUGCGGAGCAAGAUGCCGUGAUGAAGCAGAAGUAGCAGAGCAUGUGCGACAGAAUCAUGCUGACGAUGCACCGCCAAACACGUGUACGCUGUGUGGAAAAACGUGCAAAGACAAACGCAGUUUAUUGAAGCACUCGUGGAUACAUAACGUCGAUAAGACUUUCGGUUGUACAAAGUGCACAAAACGCUUCCACAGUAAAGCCCGAUUACGAAGACAUAUGGUAUCACAUCGCAAUAAAAUGGUAGCAUGUGACGAAUGCGGCGAAGAAUUCCCUGAUGGACGCGCUCUCGUAAGCCACCGUCAUUCACAUAACAGGGAAUUAGGUGGCCGUUCUUUCCCAUGCCGCGAAUGCGGGAAAACCUUUGGUAGCCGCAGCUCACAACAGAUCCAUAUACGUAUCCACACUGGCGAGAGACCUUAUGGUUGCCGAUUUUGUUGGAAGGCUUUCGCAGACGGUGGUACCUUGAGGAAACACGAGCGCAUUCACACUGGCGAGAAACCGUACGGAUGCGCGAUUUGCCCUCGGGCGUUUAAUCAGAGAGUGGUUCUCCGAGAACACGUGCGCGCUCAUCAUUCUGGUCCGGAUCCAAAAUGCAUGGGCACUAUAGCACCGUUUUUGUGUAAGGUAUGUGGCAAUUCAUUCGGCACUUCCGAAGAGGUAGUGGCACAUAUAGUGCAGCAUUGCGACGACAACACUGCGCUGAAACGCCAGCCACAAACUGGACCGCGCAAAUAUAAGAGAAGACGCAAAGCAAAACCUCUUGAGACAAAUACAAUGGUACGUAGAAACGAGUUUAUGUACAUCGUGGAAGGUAGUUCUGAUUCAGAAGACAACACGAAGCGGAAACUUGGUAAAAAAAACAAACAACGAUCGAAUGUUGAGGAAGGCUAUCAGAAUGUAUUAAAAAGUUUUGAAAGCUCUCUACAGAAUAUAAACUCUAUUGUGAGUAACUCCAAAUUAAAUGCAUCCAAAUCGAAAGUUUCAAAGAAGAAGUUGCGCAAGGAGGAAAAGAAGCAGGAAACGCAAACAUCGAAUCAGUCAGGCCGGCCGAAGAUGAUACACACACAGAAGACGCGGGUACCGGUGGAAGUGGGUAGCGAUGGCGCGAAAAAGGGCCAGAAGACAAAAACAAUGGUGACCCGAACGCCUAAAGUGAUGCCGAAUGAGCACAAGUCUGGCAUUUUUCCGGGUGGUGAGCGGAAUCGGCCACGUACAAAGAAUGUUAGUUACCAUAUUGAGGGUAAAUCGCAACUUUUACCGGCAACGUUCGCAACGAAAUCAUCAAAGGAGGAUGCGUCUACGACACAGCAGUUAUUAGCGAAUAUUAAGCAAGAGCCAGGUAUGCAAAAGGCCACAGGUGACAGUUACAGGAAUAACAAUGGUAAUAUCCUAGCUCUUAGUAAAACUCAGGAGUCAUCGAACAAAAGAAAAUCAAUUACCACGAAGAGGACCAAGAGGCAGAAGCAAAUAGUAAAGCAGGAAUUGAACACAUUAAUACAGCAGCUGUUACAAUUACAUAAUAAUAACAAUAAUAAUACCAUGGAGACCAAUGACGAUCAUAUACAACUGAUGGAGCACGCAGUGGAUGGCAGUAAUCUGGAAGUAGCUUUUGAAGCGAGUGUUGUUACUGCUCAAGAUGACGAGGAGGAGGAGAGCAUAUUGCCACACAGCACUGUGCACGAGAUGGACAAUGAGGCAAGAGAUAACAACGUUAAGCUCAGUGUCAAAGUGGAGUCUGCGCCGCCGAGGAUGCUCGCCAUACAUAGUGUUAUUGCGUCGGUAGACGAUGUCCCGGAAACGAUAAUACCAGACAGAGUAGAGUAUACAUGCGAGAUGUGCUCCGCGGUGUUUUCCAGUCGUGCCGAGUUAUUGGUGCACGUGCCGAUACACAUUUGAUUUAAUAAUUUAUCCGAGCCGAGGAACGGCGCGGAGAUUUGUUCUACUUUAGUAUAUUUGUUUCAUUAAAUCGCAUAAUUAUUUAUCACGGAUGAGGUUUGUUGUUUUACAAGAGGCAACGAUCAUU